CAAUGGCCUCGCUUCUUAGGUCGGGAGUCCGUUUCGACUUCGCUUGGACAAAAUUCGCUGCUCGCGUCUGAAUCGGGUGACCAUCUUCCUCUCCUCCUAGUCCGGUCUCGUUUCCAGAUCAUCCAUACCGCUAGUAUGUAAGAGUAGCUACCUCAACGGAGUCCUUAUUCCGUCCAAAGGAUUCAGGGCGACUCUCAUCCUCUUUCCAUCUAAAACAUGUCCAACGGUCAGUAUAAUUUUCGCUUCCUACACGAGGCUGUCGCUGCUAGAAAUACCUACAGUUUCAGUGGAAGAAAAAGCGAUGAUAGCUUCAGAUCGCCUACCGAGCUUGAUUUUCAAAGUCUCCUGCCAUCCACAACGGCGUCUUCAUUUUCACGAAGUUUCGACGUCUUCAGAGACGGCUCCCCACUUCUGGGUAUGCUGCCCUGUGAAUACGAAGUCAACCUGGCCAGUCGCGUUAAAACUGAAGAGGGAGUGGCCCGAUCUCUGUCAAGGCCAGUCCCAAGACCUUUACAACAAUAUCGACAUAUCAACAGCCGUCUAGAGCCAAUGAUACACCACUCCUAUGCCGGUCGUAUUGAUCAGGAAGGCUACUGUUUCGAUGGUCUAGCACAGCGCAGAUCUUCUUAUCCCCAAAUAGAGACCAUCUCCACCAAUUUCAGAGCAGAGAUACUGGAAGAAGCUCAUCUCCGCGACCAGACGCGGUUGAAUAUGAUAUCAAUGGAUAUACUCGAUGGAAGAUUUAUGGUUACAGUCAUGGAAAGUCUUGAAGAAUAUCGGCAACUCGAAUGGGCAAGAGAAAUGCUCAUAGUCUACCGAGAAGAAUGUUCUCAGAUGUGCCUAAGGCCGACUAUAUAGUGUGGGGCCUGUUUGGCAAAGAAGUUCCAUCUUCCAGCGCUUCGUGGAGAAAUGAGCUAGAGAAGGUUG